AUGGCAGAAUACGACCUGUCCAAGAAAAUCAUUUCCUACCUUGACCGUCAUCUCGCUUUUCCUCUGCUAGCCCACCUCGCCGAAACCAAUAUCUUCGCAGUAUCCGAUGUUCAGGUUGCCGAGUAUGAGCUAGCCAAGGGCACCAACAUGUUCGACUAUGCACAGUCACUUUUCGUGCAGCUACACCCAGAUGCUGAGGUCCCUGCAGAGUUCGAUGAGAAACGGCAGAACGCAGUAUCCACGCAUGAAAGACUACAACAAGAAGCUCAAGCCGUUUUCGAUGUCAUUGAAAAUCCCGAUGUUGCACAGGCUUUGCGACAAGACAAAAAUCAGAAUUUGCAGUAUCUGAAGGAGCAUUACAACGUAACGCUGGAGCAAAUAACAGCGCUGUACAACUUUGGAAAAUUCCAGUAUUCGUAUGGAAACUACAGCGGUGCCGCUGACUACCUGUACCAUUUCCGCGUUCUGUCAACUGACAACGACCUGAACACGUCUGCUCAUUGGGGCAAACUCGCCUCGGAUAUCCUCGUUGCACGAUGGGACAUUGCUCUUGAGGAACUCAACAGUCUCCGGGAACUCAUUGAUUCACGGUCGCCUGCGCCUCUCCUGCCCACCGCAACAGCCACAAAUGCCUCUGCCCCCGAACCUGCCCUUGCCCAAUUGCACUCCCGGACGUGGCUUGUUCACUGGUCUCUCUUCGUCUACUUCAGACAUCCUCAAGGUCGCACCUUGCUUCUCGAAACAUUCCUGUCACCGACAUACCUAAAUACAAUCCAAACAGCUUGUCCGUGGGUUCUUCGGUACCUUACGGCAGCUGCUAUUCUCUCCCGAAAAUCUUCCGCUGGAGGAGGAAAUGCCAACGCAAGCUCAUCGCGGGUGAGAAAUGCGAUUCGGGAAGUCGUCAAAGUCAUUCAGAUGGAGGAGUACCAGUAUUCCGACCCUGUCACCAAUUUCUUGAAAGAGCUCUACGUCCAAUUCGACUUCGAGAGCGCGCAAAAGGAGCUCGGCAAGGCUGAGAAAGUCGUUGAGAACGACUACUUCUUGCAGGAGUUUAGGGAGGAAUUUUUGGACAAUGCGAGGUAUCUGAUCAGCGAGGCUUAUUGCCGAAUUCACCAGAAGAUUGAUAUUGGGGAUCUCUCCGAUCGGUUGAACCUUUCACGCGCCGAAGGUGAAAAAUGGAUCGUCAACCUUAUCCGCGAGACUCGGAUGGGCGCGGAUGCCAAGAUUGAUUUGGAGAAGAAUGUUAUCCAAAUAAGCCGUCCACCACUCCCAAUAUACCAGAGUGUCAUUGAGAAGACAAGAGGUCUUGCAAUUCGGACGCAAGCGCUUGGCGCAGCGGUCGCAAGGACAGGACAGCAGCCCGUUGCAGCUCAGUGA